CGGCUGUGGCGGAGGCGGGCUGCGGAGUUGGAAGAUGAGAGCGGCGCCGAGCGUGCGAGCGGACUGCAUCUUAUCCCGGCCCGCCAGGUAGCUCGCGCUGCCUCAGCCAUGAAGCGUUGCGAUGGAAGACGAUGUUAUAAUUAGAACACAGCUCUUUCACAACCAAGUUCGCGAAUGCAUCAUCUGCGCGCUGCUAUUCACCACCCUGUACAUCCUCUCCUACCUGGUCAUCACUCGGUUUAAAAAGAAUGCAGAGUUUGCAACAGACAAUAUCGAGGACGCCACAGUCAAUCGCAUCACGCUUUGGAUGUGCACAUUCACCCUGGCUGUGUCGGCUGGUGCUGUCUUCCUCCUGCCAUUUUCCAUUAUUAGCAAUGAGAUCCUACUUUCAUUGCCGGAAAACUAUUACAUGCAGUGGUUGAACGGUUCACUUCUUCAUGGCCUGUGGAACCUUGUUUUCCUCCUCUUCUCCAACAUCUCUCUGGUGUUCCUGAUGCCUUUUGCGUACUUCUUCACUGAAUCUGAAGGAUUUGCUGGCUCAAGAAAGGGGGUGAUGGCUCGAGUCUAUGAAACUUUUGUUGUCCUCUUUCUUCUGACCCUCCUGGUUCUGGGGAUUGUCUGGGUGGCGUCUGCGAUCAUCGACAACGACGCAGCCAGCAGAGAGUCUCUGUACGAUCUGUGGGACUAUUAUCUUCCGUACCUGUACUCUUGCAUCUCUCUCUUUGGAGUCCUGCUUCUCCUCUUGUGCACUCCGUUUGGCUUGUCCCGAAUGUUCACCGUCACUGGGCAGCUGCUUGUAAAACCCAGGCUUCUGGAGGAUCUGGAAGAACAGCUCAACUGCACACGAUUUGAAGAGGCUGCUGUAGUACACAAGUUAAAUGGCAAGUUGUCAUCCUGCUGGGUGUUCUUUAGUGUGGAAUCUCUCAAAACUCAGUUCCUGAGUAUUCAUGCCAGGAGGCUUAAAUUGGAGAUGAGAAGAAGAGCGUCUCCGUGGCAAAGGAAUCUGGGCUAUCCAUUGGCCAUGUUGCUGCUUCUGGCAUUAACUGGCAUCUCAGUCCUGCUGGUGGGCUUCCAUGUGUUUGAGUUACUCAUUGAUGAAACAGCCAUGCCCAAAGGAAUCCAGGAUCCUCCUCUGGGAAAAGACUCUCUCUCUAUGUUCGGUUCACUCGGAGCGGCUGUGGAAGUUGUCCUGAUUUUUUACUUGAUGGUGUCGUCAGUCGUCGGCUUUUACAGCUCUCCGCUUUUCAUCAAACUUGCCCCGAGGAAGCAGGACACCACCAUGACCAAGAUCAUAGGGAACUGUGUGUCGCUGCUCGUCCUAAGCUCGGCCCUGCCUGUGUUCUCCCGGACACUCGGAAUCACAAACUUUGACCUGUUGGGGAACUUUGGCAGGUUUGACUGGCUGGGAAACUUUUACAUCAUCUUCCUCUACAACAUGGUUUUCGCUGGCCUUACUGCAAUGUGCCUGGUCAAAAAAUUCACCAGGGCAAUCCAAGCCGAGCUUCUCCAUGCUUUUGGUUUGGACAGAUUGCCGCUCCCGGUCUCCCGAUCCAGCAUCUCUGCCCAGAUGGGCUCGCCGAACAGCAAGAGACUCUUGUAGCAUUGCUGUUGCUUGCGGCAGGCGAAAUGUGAAGGGACUGAACUGUCUUCAAACUAUACUGUGAAAGCUGCCGUCAACGUUUCGAGACCCCCAGUCCCGGGGGAAGGUGGCAUUGACUUUAACCUCAGGGUCAGGCACUUUUCAGCCCACUGGCUGCCCACUCAGCAACCUCUUUCCACCUGUGGCGAGCCUAAAUUUGUUUACAUCCGAUGAAGCUGGAAUCUCCUUUGCUGUUAUGAGACAGAACUAAUGAAGUCAUUGCAAACUAUUAUGCAAUGGAGUAAUCCAAAGUGGUUGAUAUUUCAGACAGUUAAAUGUUUACACUAUAUAUUGUGCAAUACGUUUUUUUUUUAAAUUGUGGAUUCAGUGUGUUUUAUUUAAAUGUAUUUUUGUCCUUGUUGGAACUUUUUUAAAGUCCGCAUUGACUGCAAUCAUUCCAUUUCUGUUUUUAAAAUGACACUUGUCAAUUGGGCUGUCGGAAGGAUGGAAUCGGAAGAAUUUCCCUGUGUUGUGGGCUCGGUUGGAUCGGAGAGCAGGAAUAUUGUGUGGCUGUGUCUUAAGAGGGAUGACCGUCUUAAUUCUGACAAGAUGAUACUUGUGUUGAACCACACAAGCCUUGCGUCCCACAGAGCCACGUAAUGGAGGCCGCGGUGAACAAACAACUCGGGCGGCCAACCGCAACGAAGGAGGAUGGUUGGGCGAGGAUUUCUCAAGGGGUCUACAACAUUGUAAAUAGUUUUCAAAGAGUUUCUUGUGAUUUUAUUUGGGCAGGGGAGGUGGAUGGUUUUCAUUUGGGGGAGAAAAAAACCAAGCUGCUGCAAAAUUGCAAGCGUUCUAAUCUGCAGCGGUUACUGGCAAAUCCAAACCAGUUGCUUUAUUACUGGACGUGUUGGGGUUACUGAUGAAGCAAUGCCUCUUGUAUCCUCGCUUGGUCUUUGUAUUCCGUUGACUAACGGGGCCCGUCCCACUUAGGCGGCGACUUGCUGGCACCAGUCUUAGUCGCAGCAGGUUGCGACACAUCUCAACGUGUUAAAAUCCAACGGCGACCAGAAAAAGGUUCGACUCUUUGGGCCACAAUUCUCGACCAUACAGGCCACUACUCCCGGCAUGUCACGGGGUGAUGCCUGUAUGGUCGUGAGUAGUCGCCCAAAGAGUCGAACCUAUUUCUGGUCGCCACUGGAUUUUCAACAUGUUGGAAAUUUUUAGCCAACCUGCUGCGACUAUGACGGGUGCCGGCAGGUCGCCGAAGGAAAAAUUGCGUUAAAUCGCGUAAGUGGGACAGGCCCGUAAGGAGGGCUAGAAGCUAUAACAGUGCAUCCGUGAGCUUCACAUUCAGGUUGCCUCGUGCCUCCCAAGCCAAGCCAGCACUACAACUACCACUUGUUUGAGAAGACGCAAGCAUGAAACUGUAAUGAGUGUUCCCCGUUAAAGUCUGUGUUUCAGCCGGAAGUUGCAUUUCCUUUUGGCGAUUUGGACAAGGCUGUAUGGGCGCUAUGGCACACUUACAACACCCCUCUGACACGCAACAGUAGGUCUUUUGACAAAGUCCAUAUCAUAGUCACUUGUUACUGUGCAUGUGCCUCCCUUUUUUGGGAAAGUAAAAAUCUUUAUUUCUAAUUGGAUUGCCAAUAAAGAGACUCUGCAACAGACGCAGAAUGCUGGAGUAACUCAGCGGGACAGGCAGCAUCUCUGGAGAGAAGGAAUGGGUGACGUUUCAGGCGGAGACCCUUCUUCAGUCUUGAUCAGAAACGUGCCUGUCCCGCUGAGUUACUCCAGCGUUUUGUGUCUACCUUCGGUGUAAACCAGCAUCUGCAGUUCCUUCCCACAGAGAGACUCUCCGAAAUGGUUUUGGCAUCAAAGCUCUUGGUGAAAAUUUGCACUGCAGAGAUUGAAUUGAGAAAUCUAUCCCGUAAGAUUGCAGUUGGUGACAAUUGUGUGUGAUAAUUCUCCCUUUUAAACGAUUUAAUUUAACUCAUAGUCAUGGACCACUGUGUGGACGAGGGUUAGAUGUUCUGUGUUCUGGCCAUGGUCCUCAACUCUCACUACAAGAUAAUGUUUUCAGAAGCUAUUCCAAUAGAUCUGAUGAGUCCAAAAUCCAGUAUAAACCCAUUUGUAAUUUCCUUAUUAUCUUUUUUUUUUAAUGGUGCAAAUGGACCUUGUAGAGAUUGCUAAUCUUUCUAAAGUUGUUUAUCUGGUGCACACUUCAAAUGCAAAAAUUUCUCCUCUACUUUUCCCGCAGCUUUCAUAAGAUGGUGUUUGUUUACGUGCCAGGUGAGAGGUUUACUUUGUUGCCGGGCCAUUCGUUCUUCUUUCAUGAGCAUGUUUGCAGUGUUGCCAUGGAGACCGGUCCCUGCCAAUUUAAUUAACCUUUCAGCGAUUUAUGAAUUUGAAUGGGAACUUUGAUAAUUCUUGUAAUGCCUUCAAAAUGGCCGCUUCGGCAGAAAAAUCUCGUACUGUUAGAUGUCGACCGAGGAGCAAAAUGAAAUUGGCUGCAACAAUAGCAUACGUGGUCACUGUGUGUAAUUCUCCCCAAGUUCUUGGUUCUUCAAGGGUUUGAGCAUAGUAGUCUAUUUUCCGUGUGAUGAAGUUUGAAGAUGUGGUCCAUGCUUUUCAGUGGUUAUAUUACCUUAUAUUACUAUGGCUGUGUUUCUUAGAUUCUCAUUCAGUUGCACGUUGAAAUCUGGAUCAGCUGGCUCUCGGGCACAUCAUGGGGGAAGAUGGCUGGCUUGCACCACCUUGAGUUGGUGCCCUUAAUGGUUCAGUAUCUAGUUGGCGUUUGCUGCCUUGGCUUGCACUUGAAGGAUUGCUUGGAUGAGGUGCUCAGGGUAGUUGGCGCCCAUUACUGGACCCCAAUAUACUGAGGACCUCAGAACGUGACCUCUGAGGAAAGCUCAGAGCUGAGGAGAAGACUGAGGAGAAGGCAACGUCUUGUUCCUCCGCUAGGGUUGACAUUCCUGAUGUAGGGUUUAGAAUUGUUCAAAUUGCCUGUCAGCCUUCGGUCCGUGAUGGAAAUUCUGAAGGCCUCUCUUUCACACCGUUUUAGUUGUAAGUUGUCAAAUACCUUGGCAUCCCAGCAUUCCAAAGUCUUAGCAGCCGAUCGAUCUCUGACAGUGGUUUUAUUUUGGAGUGAAAUGUCUUGUUCAAUGGAACAUGUGUCACUAUUUUUUAAAUAUAGUUCAAUAAAUAAAUACGUGUUAUGUGAUUUGAAAUUGCAAUGUUUGUAUCGUUCUACACAAUCUGUUAAAUACUAUGCAAGUAAAGUUUUUAAUCAAAA